CGGACGACGACGACGACGACGGACAAUUGCCGCCCGAACCACCUAAUCUCAAUCCGCAACAAUGAAGUACUCGCUCGCCCCCUUCAUCAUCCGCCGGCCGUGGCUCUACAAGAUCUUCAAGCCCGCCGCCUCCUGGUACAUGAACGCCUCCGGCUACCGCCAGAUGGGUCUUCGAUAUGACGACCUCCUCGAGGAGGAGAACGACGUUGCCCAGAAGGCCCUCAAGCGCCUCAACAACCGCGAGUCCUACGAGCGCAUCUACCGUAUCCGACGUGCUGUCCAGUGCAGUUACCAGCACAAGCUCCUCCCCAAGGAGCAGUGGACCACCACCGCCCAGGACGUUCGCUACCUCCAGCCCCUCAUCGAUGAGGUCGCCGCCGAGAAGGCCGAGAAGAACGAGCUCGACUCUAUUGCCGUCAUCCGCAAGCACUAAAUUGUUGGGCCCGGGUCGGGUGGAAAUCGAGGUGGAAGUGUAUAGCAGGACCGUGGGUGAGAGAGGGAACAGCGCCCCCUCGAGAAUUAGGUGGCAACCUCUCAACGGACUAGACAGUUCCCGUGUAUCCUAUGUAUAGACGUCGUCUGACUUGACUCAUUUUGCACAAUCUUGG